CUACUGUAUGUGUAUGCACCUCGCUAAACAUAAAGGUACCUUUUUACGUUAGUUUGCUGAUUAGAGGAAAUAAGUCAUGAAGGAAAUUGUGUUGUGUUGGUGGAAAUAAUAUAACCGCAGUAAAUUUUAUUGCGUUAAGUUUAUCAUUUUCAAACUGUUUACUAUGAGAUUCAACGAAAAUCCCGAGCAGCGGCAUAGUAUAAAUUAAGAAGUCUUCAAUGAUUCCCACCAGUUAGAACUACACGAGAAAUGGCAAAUUUUUACCUUGCUCUUGGUGUUAUUUUUUCCAUUGGCAUUGCGCUGUGUAGUGCCAAGUGUGGACAGCUUUUUGAAAACAAAGUAAGUGCAGCUGAUAGAAAUACAAUUGUCAAAAUACACAAUAAUCUGCGAACAUUAAUUUCUCAAGGCAGAGUACCUGGACAACCAAGGGGUAGAAAUUUAAAAACAAUGAAAUGGGACGACAGAUUGGCAAAAGAGGCACAACGAAUAGCCAAUAAUUGUGAGUUCCAGCAUGCCAAAGUACACGAUAGUCGAUUUUAUGUCGGCCAGAAUUUAGGAUGGACUGGCUCAAGUAAUAAAAGUAAAGGAACAGACUGGCAAGGCGUUAUUCAACGUUGGUUUAAUGAGCAUAAAGACUUUAGUUAUCCCAAUCGAUCUAGAGGAGUCACAGGGCAUUAUACUCAAGUUGUAUGGGCUGAUUCUUACCUAAUUGGUUGUGGUUUCACGUGGUAUCGUAAAGGUUUCUGGUAUGAAAAACUCUACGUUUGUAAUUACGGUCCUGGGGGUAACUAUAUUGGUCAACCGCCAUAUCGGACAUAACAAUACAUAAAUAGCAUUUGAAUUAAAUUUAUUGUUUUGAAAAUCUGUACCGCAGUAAAUUUAUAUGUUUAUAAA